AUGGAGUAAAGGGCACAGAAAUUAUGGGCUUUACAUAGACAUAGAGGAGCUAUAGGCGACUAUAGAAGAAAGUUUACCUCACUUCCUGAUUCAGAUAUAUUAUUGAUUGCUACAUAAGCUGAACUCCUCCUUCAAACGCAUAUGGUGGUGUAGAAGAUACGCUAGACUAUAAGUUCCAUCUUUGAAGUAGAAGAAUGGAAUCCUGAUAAACUAAUCUAGUGA